AUGGAAGAUCUGAACGAGAAGAUCGGAGAGUAUAGACAGCGACAUAGACAUCGUCCGUUGCAAAAUCUCUGUGAACUCUACGUCUUCGGAGACUCGGACCGGGAGCAUCGAGCGAGAGAAGGGAUGAGAAAGAGGAUGAGAAAAUCGGAUGAGCAAUUGGAUGAGAAAAAUAUAGGAAACUUUUAUCUCAUUUGAACUGCAUCACGAAAUAUUUAUCAUCACCAAUCUAUAUGUACAAAAUACGUAGCAAUCUCGUCGGGCCGUCCACCUACGACCGGGCGCUGAGGACGCCGGCGGCGACAUGCAGUGGCGGAAUUUGCCCGUAACGGGAGAGCUGCUCCAUGAGGGACUGGAUCUGGAGGAGGUAGGCCCUGGCCUGGCCGACGGCCUCCGCCUCCAGAUCUCCCAGCUGGGAGCAGAGGCGCUCCUCCGCCUCCUCCGCCACGCGGAGGCGCUCUCUCGUCCGAUCCAGCUCCCUCCGCGCCGCCUCCUCCCUCUCCCGGCUCUGCAGCAGCUCCUCCUCCAGCUGCUUGUUCCUCACCCUCAUCCUCUCCGCCGCCUCCCCCUCUUCCGCCACCGCCACCUUCCCCAGUGCGCGGAGAUCGCGAGCGGGUACCGCCGUCGUCAGAGCCAUCUCUAUUCCCAAGAGGAGAGAAGGUCCCGGGGUGGUGGUGGUGGUGGUGGUGGUGA